AUGUCCUAUUUUCCUUACCAUUUUCACCUCAGCCUUUUGUUCUUGGCCUUGUAUGUGACGAACCAUUCUUUGGCGAAGCAAGCAAAGAGCGCCCAAGUAACUACAGUUCCCACAAAACAGUGCACCAACGUCUACAACAGUUUCUACGCGGGUCCAAACAAGAACAUUGAGAAUAUCCUACAGGAAAUGAAGAAGCAACUUGGCGAACUUCAAGAAGAUAUGCAAAUUUUGAAAAAUAACAAAACUUCUUCCAAAGGUCCACGGAAUAUUAUUUCUAGAAUUCAAUUAACCAAUGCGCAAACAUUCAGUAAAUAACUCAAUUGCAAUAUUGAUUAUUUAACGAAUACUUCCUCUUUUUUGCUCAACAGCCAAGAAAAACUGUGCUGAGUUGUACAAAUCGGGCGAGAAAAUCAGCGGCGUUUAUACAAUCGCUCCUGAUGGUGCAGGUGCCUUUGAUGUGUUUUGUGACCAAAAAACGGCCGGUGGAGGGUGGACAGUGUUCCAAAAGAGACUGGACGGCUCGGUUGAUUUCUACCGCGGUUGGGCUGACUACAAACGAGGUUUUGGUAACCUAAACGGUGAGUUUUGGCUUGGGUUGGACAAGAUUCACCGCUUGACCCAAACAAAAAGCAAGCUACGAGUUGACCUGGAGGACACUACGGGUAAAACUGCCUACGCUGAAUACGACAUGUUUGCAGUUACGAGCGAGAAGGCUAAUUAUCAGCUUAGCUUGGGAACAUACUCAGGUACAGUAAAUAAAAAUGCACUUGCACGGCUUUACAUGCUUUUCGAACUCCCCUUUAUUACUUCCCUAUCUAAUGUUCAGUUCCUUAUACGGCAAAUAUCAAUGAAAGAAUCUAAAACGGUACUUGAUUUUCUUGCUCAUGCACUAAGUACAUGCCGGAUGGUUAAUUUUUCCAUGCUUGACAAAAAGCCCUUUUUUUCUUUUGACCGUUAGAUCCCUCGAGUAAGUCUUUUCUUUUCUUUUUUCUUCUCUUUUUUUUUUUUGGAAACAGCAGAUUAGCAUGACUUCACUUUUUAGAAAACGAGCUCUAUCAUUUUCCCCCAGGAACUGCAGGUGAUUCUCUUUCUGGUCAUCGUGGUUACCCAUUCUCGACUAAAGACCGAGAUAACGACAGUUCAUCCGGAAAUUGUGCUGUAAGCUAUAAGGGAGCCUGGUGGUAUACGUCCUGUCAUGCCUCUAACCUGAAUGGCCUCUACCAUCAUGGCAAGCACAAGUCAGGCGCCGAUGGUGUCAACUGGUAUGCAUGGAAAGGACACCACUACUCCGCAAAGACAGCUGAGAUGAAAAUAAGACCAGUUGACUUUUGA